ACAAAUCUAAAGGAUAAUGAUUUAAAAUUUUAUACCAAUGCUUACCUUCUAAAUAUAAUUUCCUUUGUCUUUUGGUGAAGCUGUGUAUGUUUGUGGUAAUAGUAAAGAAUUGGGUCAUUGGAAUCCUAUGUAAGCUAAAAGAAUGUAAUGGAGUGAAGUAAAUAUCAAAGUAAUUAAAGGGUGAUAUAUGGAAGUCGAGAGUAGAAAUAAAUAUGACUGGUUAAGAGGUUUAAGAUUUUGAAUACAAAUACUUCUAUGCUGAAUUUGAUAGACCUAUUAAUAUUGAAUGGGAAAUGGGACCCAAUAGAAUAGUGAGAACAAAUGAAAAUACUAGUAUUUCUAAUUUUUAUUUCUUAGUUAUAACUGAUGUCUGGAAUCAUAGGAAGAUUUUGUUUUAGUGCUAUAACCCUAAAAAAUACCCAGUGUUUGUAUCUGGUUCAUGUUACGAUCUAGGAAUGUUCAAAAGAAGAGUUAGCAUGAAACAAAAAGAAGAUGUAUCUUACUUAAGAAUACUUGUGAAUAUUCUGGAAGAAAGAGAAAUUCGUUAUUAAUUCCAUUUCAUCAAAAAGAGUCAUUAUGCUAGUCCACUUUAAACUAUGACACUUACUAAUACAAGUUAGUUUAUUUAUUAUUCAUUUAGGUGCCUAUUACAAAAAUUACCUAGUAGUAUUCUGUGAAGGAUUAAAUCAAAUUAAGAGAUCUAUAUAUUAAUUAGAUAACCAUAUAUGUUAUGGUUAUGUUCCUACUGAUUAAAAUGACUUCAACUCUCUUAAAAAGGCCAAUCUUAAUACAAUCAUUGAAUUCUAAAACUCUUAAGAAUAAUCUAACAAUUCAAUCAAAAAGGAAGACUUCACUUACUUUACUGUUAAUAUUUGUGCCAAAUACGAUUCCAACUAUUUUCAAAGACUCUACUCAUUCAUUUAACUGUUAAUUCAAAAAUAUAAUGUAAUUAUUUUAUUUUAAUCUUCCCUUAGAUUAUUUACAUCUGCAACAAUUCUUUAAAGCAUCUCAGAAAAUAUUUGUAAAUGUAUUAAAAUCUAAUCAUUUUGUAGUGAUUUAAAUUAUUACUUCUUUAUUAAUUAUUUAAUCAAUUAACCUAAUCAUGAUUUAUUAUCUUACUUAAUACAAAAAGAUCCAUCGAUUAUUGAAUUCAUUAUUAAAUUCCUAAUAGACUUGAUUAGAAUCAAUAUUAAUAAUAAAUUCUCGGAUAUUUCAGAUUCAUUUAUCUGA